AUGAAUCUGUAUUGUAUUCUAUUUUCGCUAGCUGCUAUUCUGACAUUUUCCGACUCCUGCCUAGUGAUUCGGUAUUCUGAGCCACCGGCUUGCGUUUGCAAAACUCUCAAACUGGAUAUCUGGAAUAUUGCCGAAAACCAUGGCGAACCGUAUCUCCUGUAUAAUUCAGUCCUUUUUAGUACGAUCAAGUCUCCAGAAAUAUUAGUUGAUGAUUGUUUUGUACAAGCUUAUUGUGGAGAUGGGGCAGAUUUGUAUAUCUUUGAUAAUGGUAAAGGGGCAAAGAUUGGUGACUAUUCUCUGGAUGGAUUCUGUGAUCCAUACCAGCAGGCAUGGCAAGUGGAUACUGGAAAUGGUAAGGAGCAGUAUAAGGAGCUGAAAGCAGUUUGUGUUCUGAAAAAUAAAUGCUCACAAACGGACCCGGCAGCAUUCUUCUUCGCACAUUCAGCAGAUUUGGACAAAUGGGCUUUUACUGAAAUAUAUAUACAGCACAGCAAAAUCGACAAUGGUGCGGCAACCAAGUUCGCAAUAACGGCUACAGUUCGAUUUGACACGAAAACAAAAGAGGAAAUUGUGUUCCAUGAGAGCGAUACGUAUUUUAAUAGUAGAAUGACUGGUUAUUUGUAUAUGGUGGAUCAAGAAAAGAAUCCACCACAAACGUUUGACAGUUCGGAAACAGGAAGUGAUAUAUUGGAUGUAUUGGAAAGAUUCGUAGACUCCAAUCAUCCAUUGAUCUGUGGGUCCAUGGUUUUGGUUGCAAUGAAACGGAGUCCAAAUGAAGUUGAUAUUUCGAGAAUUGUGGAGAAGUUGAGAGAAAAUCAAAUUACGGUGAUUAUAGCCGCACAGGGCACGUUCUCUGGUGGUCUUCAUCCAGAAACUAUGUACGACUUGGCUGCCAAGACAAAUGGCUUUUGUGCGUUUUCACAUCAUAUAGUAACCGCCUCUCAGACAGCGCCAAACGUACUCGCUCCAUUCAUAGUCUACUCUUUAAGCCUCAAAGUCUCUGGAACUGGUAUCAUGGUUUUGCCAACAAUCUUACUUCCAGACACUUUUACGGUUCACCUAUCAAUUGCUGUUCAGAGUACAGGCACUGCGAAUUCAUUUCAAAGUCUGAAAUUCAGUUUUCGCAAUAAGGAAUUGGGAGCUUCUGGAAGUGUUGAGAAAACGAGAGACGAAUUGAGAUACGACGCCGGGCCCAUUAUGAAUUCGUUCAAAGUUCCGAACUUCUUAUUGGCAGAACCGACUUUCUUUGAGUUCACUUUGGAUUACAACUAUUCGAUGGAGGACACUAUUCUAAUCAGAUUGAUUUCUGAGAGAGGAAUCGGUCAUUGGUUCCCAUAUCAAGAUUAA